UUUCCGCAGAGACAGCUGAUGUGCCGAGUCUUCCGCGUCUUCUCCAAACUGCUCCUAAAUACAUGUUGACGCACAUACAGUUAGACCUCAUUUUAAUUUGAUAAAGACAGACGGUAUGCUGCGCAGGGAAAGAAUACCGCUUUUAUGGCUUUUCAUGCAGGCUGCGCUCGUCGUGGCGUGGUGUUUCACGGAUAUGGAAGCUGGGCCUGGCGCAGGUGUACCGACACAGCCGAACGGAGAUCGGUUCAAAAUCGAGGGGAGAGCGAUAGUUCCGGGGAUUAAAACACAAGACUGGGUCUCCACGGCCAGGAUCCUGGUGGAAGGUGAAGAAUAUGUGGGAUUUUUGAGAACUGAUGGAAGUUUUGCUGUGAAUGACGUCCCCUCAGGAUCCUACGUCGUGGAAGUUGUCACUCCUAAUUAUAGAUUUGAACCAGUACGCGUUGACAUCACAUCCAAAGGCAAAAUGAGGGCGCGUCUUGUGAACUACAUCAAGACUUCCGAAGUAAUUCGCCAGCCAUAUCCUCUUCAAAUCAGGGCAAGUGGCCCUCAUAGCUACUUCAUGAAGAGAGAAACCUGGGGCUGGACAGACUUCCUCAUGAACCCAAUGGUUAUGAUGAUGGUUCUGCCCCUACUGAUCAUCGUUCUGCUGCCCAAGGUGGUCAACACCAAUGACCCAGAGAUGAGAAAGGAAAUAGAGCAGUCCAUGCACAUGCUGAGCCCCAACCCUGAGCUUCCAGACGUCUCCGAGCUCGUGACCAAGUUCUUCUCUGGCUCCAAGGGCUCCAGCAAGGCAGGCGGCAGCAGCAAGGGCACCAGGCCAGCUGCCAAGAGGAGGUAGUACAACACACGUCUCCUCAGUCUGCCUAACGAAGCUUGAGUUAUGCCAUGGAAGCAGGAUUUUUAAGUGUCAUUUUUUUCCCCUCUGGGUCUAUUGUACAGAUUUCUUUAUUGAUAUCUUGAUUUCUAAUAUGCUAUCGGAAGAAAAAAAACAAGAUUUUUUUUCAUACUGCACUGAUAGAAAUUUCUUAAACCCUGCAAAAGCUGUUAUCGUUCAUUUGCUCUAUACUUUCUACAUGUGGCUCUACUGCUCAUCAGUCUUUUCUGUGCUAACCCUCCGGCGUGCGUGUUUCCUCUGCUGCUAAUUCCACUACCUGAAAGAGAACAUAUAUACAGAGUUUUUCUUGUUUCGAGUUCAGUAAUACGACUGUGAAUGAAGAUGAAUUGAAUUUUAAGACUGAUAAAUUCUUAUUUAACUAAAAGCCUAGAUAAAUAAAUUGCAAUGGUAUAUAACAACUGUGUUUUUAUUUCAGAUCAUCUUAUUUGUUUGAGAGUGAACACAUGGCCUUCUCAGUUUUUUGAAUUAUUGUGUGACGUACUGUAUGGCCAGAAUUCACAUGCUGUACAUUUACGUGCCUAAGGUGUAUAAAUUAAAAUGGUUCAUUGGCAGUUCACGGGA